AGCGGAAGACCGGGCGACGUGAUAUUUGCACGCUGUGAUGUGCAGGAUUUCCUCUGAGCGCACUGUCCAUGACUUUAGUUUUUUUUUUUUGUCUGCUUCACAGAAAACUUCGGUGAGCCUGCGCCCGUCAUCCACUGUUUCUAACUUCUGUGCCGGGAGGUGAGGGAGGAGGAGAUGUGCUCGCUUUUGAGGCUUCUCUUAGCCGAAGAAGCUUUGCUCAUCAGACCAGUCCGUCAGCUACUUCAUCUGUCCAUCUGCCUCAUCAACUCCCGAGCUGAAAGGCGAAUUGGAUGCCUUUUCUAAAGUGAAGUCCGACUUUCCCUCCAUAAACCAGAGCUCCCAUCAGCCCUCAUCGAUCCACGACAUCACGAAAGUCUUCCAAAAGGACCCGGAUUUCCAGGUGUUGUGAGAGCUGCUGCCUUCACCCAGCGGCCUGCUGCAGACCCCUGGGUGUGCUCCACCAACAUGGCUACCAACAGGGAACAGCAGGUGGGCCACAUGACCAGCUUCCCACCUGCUGUCUACCCCUUCGCCUUCAACUCCAUGAGAAGCCACUCCCCUUUCGACCUGCUGGCCAACAGCAGCCUGUUUGGGAGAUUUGGUGCUGACCUGCCGAAAGAGAUGGCUGCCCUCUCGGUGGAGACCCAGAGCACCAGCUCAGAAGAGAUGGUGCCCAGUUCUCCGUCUCCACCUCCCCCACCUCGUGUCUACAAGCCAUGCUUUGUGUGCCAGGACAAGUCCUCAGGGUACCACUAUGGUGUCAGCUCCUGUGAGGGCUGCAAGGGUUUCUUCCGCCGCAGUAUCCAGAAGAACAUGGUGUACACCUGCCACAGAGACAAAAAUUGUCAGAUUAACAAGGUCACACGCAACCGCUGCCAGUACUGCAGGCUGCAGAAGUGCUUUGAGGUCGGCAUGUCCAAGGAAGCGGUUCGUAAUGACAGAAACAAGAAGAAGAAAGAUGUGAAGGAGGAGGUGGUGCUUCCAGAGAGCUAUGAGCUAAGUGGAGAGCUUGAAGAGUUGGUCAACAAAGUCAGCAAAGCUCACCAAGAAACCUUCCCGUCACUUUGCCAGUUGGGCAAAUACACCACCAACUCCAGUUCAGACCACCGUGUUCAGCUGGAUCUGGGUUUAUGGGACAAGUUCAGCGAGCUCUCCACCAAAUGCAUCAUCAAGAUUGUGGAAUUUGCCAAGAGGCUGCCAGGUUUCACCACACUCACCAUUGCUGACCAGAUUACUCUACUUAAGUCAGCCUGUCUGGACAUACUGAUGCUGAGGAUCUGCACACGCUACACUCCAGAACAGGACACUAUGACCUUCUCAGAUGGCCUGACUUUGAACCGGACUCAGAUGCACAAUGCCGGCUUCGGCCCACUCACAGACUUGGUGUUUGCCUUUGCUGGGCAGCUUCUACCCCUGGAGAUGGACGACACAGAAACCGGCCUCCUCAGUGCCAUCUGCCUUAUCUGUGGAGAUCGUAUGGAUCUGGAGGAGCCCCAGAAAGUGGAUAAGCUGCAGGAGCCUCUGCUUGAGGCUCUGAAGAUCUAUGCUCGCCGCCGUCGCCCCAACAAACCUCACAUGUUCCCCCGCAUGCUGAUGAAGAUCACCGACCUCAGAGGCAUCAGCACUAAGGGUGCGGAGAGAGCCAUCACUCUGAAGAUGGAGAUCCCAGGGCCGAUGCCUCCUUUGAUCAGGGAGAUGCUCGAGAACCCAGAGGCCUUUGAGGACCAAACCGAGUGCAACGAUAGCCCACCGCCUCCGCCACUGCCACCGCCUCCACCACCAACCCUGGUCCUGAAGCAGGAGGCUGAGGAUGAGGAGGACAGCUGGGCCACAGAGAACGGCAGCGAGCCAUCGCCGGAGGAGGAGGACGAAGAUGACGAUGACGACGUGGGGGAUGAAGAGAGAGACAGGGGCUCGGACAGUGACGGGGAACCCUGGGGAGUUCUGGAUGCCGUAGAUGGGUCAAGGAAAGGCCUCGUUGGGAGGGCGCAGUGAACAGAGCAUUUCAUACAUAUAACUACAUGUUCAAACAUGUACACACACACACACACACACACACACUCACUCACAUACAACUCAACCUCACUCUCCCACCUAAAGAAAAUGCUGGCCUUUUCCCGCCCCCUCCCCCCCCUCUCCUUACUGCACAUCACUGUGUCCUCCAUGGCGGAGCACAGCAGAGCCUUAUGUGUACAGACACUUUCUAACUCAGGCCUCAUGGUCCAUGACAAGUGAACUACAGAAGAAUAAAGGAGAGAUGACAGUCAAACCGUAUGAACUCCUGGCAUAGCCAAGAGGGAAGUUAACGUGACAAAAAGAACAUAACCUCUUUGAGAAAGCUAAAUGUCUCUUUGUUUUUUUGUUUUUUUCCACUAUUGUUGUUUCUAUCUAAAUAGGAAAACGGCCAAAACCAGACACCAGAACUGAGCAGUUGAUUCCGAUGGAUUACAAGAAGCACAUUUCUCAAAAGGAAACAAGAGUACAGGGCAAAACCAAAUUGAGUAUGCUUAUCUUUUGUUUUUGUGAUUAUUGCUUUUGAAUAUUGUUUUCCGUUUUUCUUUUUUUCAAUUUAUGAAUAAGUCCAUAAUAUCUAUAUACCAUAUAUUUUUGUCCUUAUUUGUUAUUCUGGUUUUAUAUAUGAGUAAUGUAGACAAGUUGUUUUUUGUUUGUUUUGUUUUGUUUUGUUUUUUUGAAGAGCUUUCCUGAGAAGAUAUUCAGAGGGAAAGAAGGGUAAUCAGAACUGGCUGGGUCUUCCUUAGCAGCUACUUAGCUGGGGCUUUUUUGGGCACUUUGGCUCACUGUGGAUGUCAAUGAUAAUCAACCUAGAGGACUAUUGUUAUGUUGCAGUGACUUAAUCAGUUUCUGUUAUCAGGGAAUUGGCAUUAUUCUAUUUUGCUGACAUUGCAGCCAACUAAUACUGUCAAUGCUAAAAGUAAGUAUCUUUGUGCCAAAGUUAGGAGAAGUCAUCUUUGGAGCAUGAAUUUGACUACUGGCAGGGACUCCAGCCUUGAUCCAGCAAUCCUCACAGCAGAGCGCUCACUCACACACGCACUAACACACCUGAUCUCAAGUACAGCAUAUACACACAAGUGCGCACACACACCACACACACACACACACACUAAUUUCACUCUGCCCUCAGCUGUAGCAGAUGUGCCGGCCUGGCACUGAGUGCCCAGACAGAGAUUUACACUUUACACCGUAUAUGUAGCACUUCUGUGAUCCUCUGCUCAGGUGGGGCACAUCUCGUCCGCUGAGAGUAGAGUCCCUGUCUGUGAGCUUUUAUGACAACAUCCACAUGCAAAAUAUACAAGCAACCUUAGAGCACUCCCUCAUGGUGUCAGUAGACAAACAUACUUUCAGCAUGGACAAAAACAUCCCCUCAUGGUAGCAACAUUAUGCAUCAACACAACGAUCAAAGACAUAUGCAAGUAAAAGCAGGAAUCCUUAUGGAAGACAUUUUGGAAUCAGACUCAGGGCUUUUCAGUAAGGACCAAACCCUAGCUGCUCUCAGGCACGCUAGAAACAGGCAAUAUUUAUGUGUGUAUUCUUAACUCCGUUUUGAUCAGCUCGACCCCUCUUCAUCUACAUAGAAGGUGGCAAGUCUGAAAAACAGCAUGGAUGCCGGUCUGACUCUCCUAGAGGGGGUACAAAUCAUCAUCAUCAUCUUCAUCUUCAUCAUCAUCGUCAUUAUCAUCAUCAUCAGCAUCAUCAUCAUCAUCAUUGCCACACCGCCUGUGCUGGCACUGGUAUCCAUGCAGCAAACUGCCUUCUCGUCCCGAAAGCCAUUUUAUCAUCUUGUCUUCUUGUGUAUAUCCUCUCGUGCCUUCAAAGGAGCCGCGGAGGAUCUUGUGUUCUCAUGUAUCAAUUCUUCAUUGCCAAAAUGUCUCUGUUGGCGAUCAGCUGAUACACAGUACUGAGGUGGUGUUUUUUCCUGUCUCUCUUUGAAGCAAUAUGAACAUUCUCUCUGUAGCAGUGAGAGGUCCUGUCUCCUGAAUAUGGGCAGGUGUCCUCAUUUUGAGUUUGUGUGUGUGGAGUGUGUGAGUAUGUAUGUGGGAAUGCUUUAACAUGUCAAUUGGGUGAGGCAUGGUGCUGUCAUACAGAAACACUUGUGUGAUGACCUCACCCCCCCCCCCCCUUCCCCCCGCUGGGCUGUCAUGAUGUAAAUGAUGGUAACGCAGGCAGAAUAUUGAGAUUAUGUUGUUUUGUGUUUUUGUUUCUCAACAUGGCCAAGGUGUUGUCUACCCUCUGUUUAUGUCAACUCAUGUCGUACAAAGAAAAGCCAUAUAAACAGUAAGAGGCACAAUAAACUACUUUUGUGAGAUUA